AUGGGGAUUUUCAACACGGUAUUCCAGAUCGCCUGCGCCCUCACCUCGAUAUGUUUGAAUCUCGUUUUGACCUACCUGAUUCUGGUGAAAAGUCCGAAGAAACUCGGAGUCUACAAAUAUUUGAUGUGCUAUAUUUCGCUGUUCGAGGUGUUUUACUCCAUUUGGGAUAUGAUGACAGAACCGAUCGUCCAUUCCUACAAAGCCGCCUUCGUCGUCCUCCGUGACUACUACGGUUCCGUUUUCAACCGCGAAGUCAGUUUCGUUUUGGUUUGUGUCUACUGUGGCCUAUUCGGCUUCUCCAUGGCUAUCUUCGGAGUACACUUUAUCUAUAGAUACGGAGCAGUUAAUAAAUCUUUCUCGGAGCGCUUUCUCCCAGGGAACUGGGUAUACAUGCUGUUCGUGAUUCCAUUGUGGUAUGGAGCGUGGUGGGCGGUGCUGUGUUAUAUCUACUUUUAUUAUACUGAUAUAACGGAUGCAUAUAUGAAUGAUAUCCGUGUUACCACGAUUGAUUCCAGAGAAACCAUUGAAUUCCACUAUGGCAUACCUAUCAAGGACUCCUCCUACAUCAUUGUCUACUUCCAACCAACUGGCCCCGACGGUAAACCCCACCCUGACCCCAAAAUCUUCUUCGCUAUCGGCUGCAUGUGGUACAUGAUUAUCUCCUCAAUGUUCUCCGUCUUCUACUUUGGUAUCCGUUGCUACUGGCAGAUUCGCAAGACCAUCUCCCAAUCCGCUACCGUCUCGGCGACCACCAAGAACCUUCAAACCCAACUUUUCCACGCUUUGGUGGUCCAAACCUUCAUUCCACUUGUCUUGAUGUAUAUCCCUAUCGGAAUCCUGUUCUUCUUCCCGAUGGUUAUCUGGGAGCUUCCAUUCACCACGGAGUUCGUUGGCUACACAAUUGCCCUGUACCCUGCGAUUGACCCAUUACCAAACAUGAUCAUCAUCAAGUGCUACCGUCAUGCAAUACAAGAUUUCUUCAUGAGACUCAUCGGACGUGGAAAGAAAGGAGACGUCCCACAUUCUGUCAACACAGUGGAUGCAGCAUCUGGAAGCGACCGACGAAGUGGCGGUCGAUUCGUAUGA